AUGACAACCCUUCGAAUCUUGCUUACCAUUGCAGCAGUCAAAGGCUGGUUCCUGCAUCAAUUGGAUGUCAACACGGCCUUUUUACACAGAGAUCAUGCAAUGGAUGACAUGGCAGAAAUCACUUUUAUCAAACAGCAUUUGCAUCAUUUGUUCAAGAUCAAAGACAUUGGUGAACUGAAGUUCUUUCUUGGCUUGGAGGUGAUUCGAAGUAAGAGAGGGAUCAUGGUGAAUCAAAAGAAAUACUGCUUCGAUCUCUUGAAGGAUUAUAACCUACUAAAUGCCAAGCCAGCAGAAACACCAAUGGACUACACCAUCAAAUUGACCAAGACUUCAGGAAAUCUGUUGCAGUCCAAUACAGAGUAUAGAAAGCUAAUUGGAAAAUUGAUCUAUUUGACUAAUACUAGGCUAGAAAUUGGAUAUGUUGUUGGGAGACUAAGCCAAUACUUGAAUUGUCCCACAAAUAUACACUUUGAAGCAGCAUUGAGAGUUUUGAGAUACUUAGGAGGAACACCAACCAAGGAGCUGAUGUUUGCAAUUGACACAAAUUUAACACCCAUUGAUUUUUCGGACAGCGAUUGGGGCACUUGUUCAGAUACAAAGAGAUCAACCUCAGGCUAUUGCUUCUUCAUUGGCACUUCAAUUGUGUCCUGA